AAAGCCAUGUGCAGUGCUGUCUCUGAAGUUCGAUUGCGCCACACCUCUGGUCGUUCUUCUCAACUCUAUAACGUUAAUCAUUCAGUUUCCUUCAGACGACCAAAUCGUGCCACCCUAAAAUCUUUCAAACGACAAAGAUGCUGCGUCUACCCACGGUGAUGAGACAGAUGAGGCCGGUCUGCAGGGCCCUGGCCCCCCACCUCACCCGGACUUACGCCAAGGACGUCAAGUUUGGAGCCGAUGCUCGGGCCAUGAUGCUGAAGGGAGUGGAUCUGCUGGCUGAUGCUGUCGCCGUCACCAUGGGUCCCAAGGGUCGCACAGUAAUCAUCGAGCAGAGCUGGGGCAGCCCCAAGGUGACCAAGGACGGCGUCACUGUAGCCAAGGCCAUCGACCUGAAGUGCAAGUACCAGAACAUCGGUGCCAAGCUGGUCCAGGACGUGGCCAACAACACAAACGAGGAAGCAGGAGAUGGCACCACUACCGCCACUGUGCUGGCCAGAGCCAUUGCCAAGGAGGGCUUUGACACCAUUAGUAAAGGCGCUAACCCUGUGGAGAUCCGCCGUGGCGUGAUGCUGGCUGUGGAGACUGUCAUUGCUGAACUGAAGAGGAUGUCUAAGCCAGUCACCACACCUGAGGAGAUUGCCCAGGUGGCCACCAUCUCUGCUAAUGGAGACGUGGAGAUCGGCACCAUCAUCUCCAACGCCAUGAAAAAAGUGGGCCGCAAGGGAGUCAUCACUGUCAAGGAUGGCAAGACCCUGCAUGAUGAACUUGAGAUCAUUGAGGGGCUGAAGUUCGACCGCGGAUACAUCUCCCCUUACUUCAUCAACACAGCCAAAGGCCAGAAGUGUGAGUUCCAGGAUGCCUAUGUGUUGCUGAGUGAGAAGAAGAUCUCUACUGUCCAGAGCAUCGUCCCUGCCCUGGAAUUGGCCAACCAGCACCGCAAACCUCUGGUCAUCGUGGCUGAGGAUGUGGACGGAGAGGCCCUCAGCACCCUGGUUCUCAACAGGCUGAAGGUGGGACUACAAGUGGUGGCAGUCAAGGCCCCAGGCUUUGGAGACAACAGGAAGGCCCAGCUGCACGACAUAGCCGUCGCCACCGGGGGCACUGUGUUUGGUGAUGAGGCGGUGGGCAUUGCCCUGGAGGACAUCCAGGCCCAUGACUUUGGCCAGGUGGGUGAGGUGUCAGUGACCAAGGACGACACCAUGCUGCUGAAGGGGAAGGGAGACACGGCAUCCAUCGAGAAGAGGCAGGCUCAGAUCGCUGAGCAGCUGGAGAACACCACCAGCGACUACGAGAAGGAGAAGCUCAACGAAAGGCUGGCCAAGCUAUCUGACGGAGUGGCUGUGGUCAAGGUGGGAGGAACGAGUGAUGUGGAGGUGAAUGAGAAGAAGGACCGUGUGACUGACGCCCUGAAUGCCACCAGGGCCGCUGUGGAGGAGGGCAUUGUGCCCGGGGGUGGCUGUGCCCUGCUGCGCUCAAUCCCUGCCCUGGAUGCUCUCGUGCCCAUCAACGCUGACCAGAAGAUUGGAAUUGACAUCAUCAGACGAGCCCUGCGUGUGCCGGCCAUGACCAUUGCUAAGAACGCUGGUGUGGAGGGCUCUCUAGUGGUAGAGAAGAUCCUUCAGGCCGCGGUGGAGAUCGGCUACGAUGCCAUGGAAGGAGAGUACGUCAACAUGGUAGAGAAGGGCAUCAUUGACCCCACCAAGGUGGUGAGGACUGCACUAAUGGAUGCUGCAGGUGUUGCAUCCCUUCUCUCCACUGCUGAGUGUGUGGUCACAGAGCUGCCCAAGGAGGAGAAGGAGGGUGGCAUGCCAGGAGGUAUGGGAGGUAUGGGCGGUAUGGGAGGUAUGGGCGGUGGCAUGUUCUAAGGCCCACCUCAAAGCGCUGUAAAAACUUAAUGGCAGCGUGGGGCUAGGGGGCAAAUUGUCCCUCCAACCCCCAGACUUGCCCAAACUGACUGGCGGUGAGUUUUGUUGGAGCUGCAAAUGGAUGAACCACACUACUUCUGCUGAUUGUCUCCCCUCCACCCUCUGGAAGAACAGACUAGCCUGUCCUCGCUCAGCCUCUUUCCGUCCCUCUACCCGACCAGCCUGUCCUUGCUCAGCCUCUCUCUGUUCCUCUACCCGACCAGCCUGUCCUCGCUCACCCUCUCCAUCCCUCUGACUGAGGCUCUGAGACCCCAGUCUGCCCCGAUGACCCCCCCCCCCCCUUUAACUGAGGCUCUGAGACCCCCUCCAUUUACCUCACAAACAUGGCCGUCAUCAUCCAUCAUCAACAUGCAGAAUAUUCACUGUUUAUGAAAGAUGCUAACCAGUGCGAAUAAUGCAAUGCUGGUAUUGAUAAAUUGUCAUUUCUAUCAAAUGGAAGUAAUGAAGCCUGUAACUUCCUGAAGUUAGACGAGGCCGAUUUAAUAAAUGGUUAAACACAGGAUAGCUAUAGAUAGAAGGGGGUUUACUGGAGACAGGAAACUUGGCCAGACAUGCCACUGUCAAUUUUUGUCGUAACUUUUUGUUAGUUUUAGCUUUGUCCUUUUUUAUCAGUUUUGUCCUGUUUCACCCACGUAAUGUUGGGAGGAACUGUAACCUUUUCAGUUGAGUUAAUAAAAAUAAAAUAAUUGCGGAGCAUGAGCAUUCCUUUAUUUUGCCUGAUUUCAAUACUCAAAUAUUCUAGAACUUUGGAACCAAAACAUUCAUAUCAGAAUUCUAUAGGAUGGCUGAAUGUCUCUCUAGCAGAGGUUGACUCUAGGUUGGUCGGACUAGUUACAGCAGUUUGGGCCAGUGAAGGUCCAAGCCACAAGUUAAUGUGAAACCCAUUGAUGUCCUCAUGACCGGAUUUGUACUUACUGCUCAUUGAUGUUUAGCCUACAUUUACUGUGUGUGUUCUAUAGGUACUAUAAACUACCGUGCAUUCAAGAAGUGUUGAUGUGUUUUUCCCCCCCAGUUCAUUAUUUCUUAGCAAAUAACCAACCGUGAUCAUUUGACAUGUUUUGUACAAUGUAGACAUUUAAUUUGUUUUUAUUUAAUAAACCAAAUAUUCUGAACAAGA